CACCAUUGGCCUGCGCCCCGGGGUGCUGCACUCCACGCAGCGUGUAUCCAAGGCAGCUUUCAAGUACAGAAAACGAAAGUCGAUGAGGACAGCCACCUGGAAGGGUCGUUUGUGUGUGUGUGUUGCUGUGAAGAAUGACGGACACGUAUAAGGAUUCAGGCAGAGCAGGCCUGGAAGAUGUUGACGAGUUUGUAGAUAUAUUGGAGGAGCGGAGGCGCAGCAGUGAUCUUGGCUAUGCCUUCAGGACCUUCAACCCCCAGCCCUAUAAAGGGGCCCCGUCCUGCUCCACGGCUGACCUCAACAAAGCCGUGCUGGAGUCCCAGUAUCUAAGCUACAUGGCCAAGGAGAUCGCCAUGGAGACGGGGUCAUCUGUGGAGGAGGUGAGAGAGGAGGUGUGUGGGAUUUUGGAGGAAAUGUCUCAAAACCUCCAGCUGGGGUUUAUCAGGAUGAUGGCCUACACCCUCAGCAAGGUGUUCAAGAGACUCUUCACCAGCAUCUUGGUCAACAUGGAAGGGCUCAACAUGCUCCAACAAGCUGUUCAGGAGAGUCCUGUGAUCCUGAUGCCCAAUCACAGGAGUUAUAUGGACUUCUUGGCUAUCUCCUACAUCCUGUUCACCUACGACAUCCCAGUUCCUGUUAUUGCUGCAGGAAUUCCUCUUGCAGGGAUGAAGAUGGUCGGAGAGAUACUGCGUCGCUCUGGAGCUUUCUUUAUCCGUCGUGCCAUUGGCUCUGACAAACUGUACUGGGCAGUGCUGUCAGAAUAUGUCAAAACCAUUGUCAGGAGAGGAUUUGCUCCUGUGGAGUUUUAUGUGGAAGGCUUGCGGAGUCGCACACUGAAGUCUCUGUUACCAAAGUUAGGUAUGAUGCACAUGGUGCUGGAGCCUUUUUUUAAAGGUGAGGUGUAUGACAUCACUUUGGUUCCCAUCAGCAUUAGUUAUGACCGAGUACUGGAGGAAUCGCUGCUUGCCCACGAGUUACUGGGUGUCCCCAAGCCCAAAGAAAGCACCACUGGUCUGCUGAAGGCUACCAAAGUGCUGCAGGAAAAUUACGGCAGCAUGCAUGUGAACUUUGGUCGACCUCUGUCAGUCCGACAGCUGUGUCACGGCAAGAUAAACCGCUGCCAGUUCAACCUCGUACCUAGAGAUCUUCCCCAGCAGCCCAGUGCAGAGGCUCAGGCCUGUGUGAGUUGGCUGGCUCAUCUGAUGGUACGAAUCCAAGAGGAGGGCCUUCUGAUCAGCCCUUGGUCUCUGAUGGCCUGCAUGUUGCUCCAGGCCCCAACCACAGUCUUAACAGAGGAGGGUCUGCUGUGGCAUCAGCUUACAGAAAAAACCCUCUGGCUGAGGAAGCUGGCACUGGACUUUGGGGCUCGCCUGAACUGGCCGGGACAAGUCCCUGACUCUGAUGUGAUUUCAUCCACCGUGGCCCUUCAUUGCUCCGUAGUCCAACGUAAAGCGGGACGCGUCUACCUGGUUCAGGAGAACGAGCCUCUGAGGAAAUGUCCAAUCAGCCCAGAGGAUGGUGUGAUCAGGAUGGCGGCGCCGUUGCUGAUGCUGGCUUCCUAUAGGAAUCAAUCCAUGCACGUUUUUGUGCGUCCUGCCAUGCUCGCAACAGCAAUACGUGUCACAGAGAGCACACAGAGAGACGAGCUCUUCAGCUUCUUCUGCUUCCUACAGGACGUCUUCUCCAACGAAUUCAUCUUCAUCCCCGGAAAGUCCCCUCAGGACUUUGAGGAAGCGUGCGUCCUCCUGAAGAAAUGUGGAGCAGUAAACUUCAGUCAACAGGAAGUGAUGGUGUUGGACGCGGGGUCGGAGGUGUUAUCCUUUCUGCAGGCGCUUCUACAACCCUUCAUAGACUCUUACCAGGUGAUGUUCAGGUACCUCUGUGAGGAGGGAGUUCAUGUGCUUUCUGAGAAACAGUUCCUACCUGCUGUGCGAAACUUGGCCACAGAGCUCAUCCUCUCAGGUGAGCUUUGCACCUAUGAGGCGCUGUCAUCUGACAUGCAGAAAAACGUUUUGUCAGCUCUGCGGAGGCUGGAGGCUGUGACAAAGUUGAGGGCGUCUGAGCAGAAUGAAUACAGAGUGAACAAAGCAGCUGUCAGAAGAAUUGGAGACAUUCUCUCUAGGAAAAUCCCUCCCCAGAUGCUCCAGACUACACCUGACGCAAGACUUUAGUCUCUGUUGGAACAGAUGCAUCUUCAGUAUCAGCUCACAGUCCCGUUAACCCGAACAUGAACCCUUCCUUCUUUUCCCCACUUCACUUCCUUCUUCUUCUUUCUGUGCCUUCCUUUAUGCAGCCAUCAGGGGAGGUGUGCUGCACCUUAAUUCUGCCCUCAGACAAAAUACUUUCUAUCCUGGACACCAGUGGCCAGACUUAACCUGGCAAGCGUUCCACUCUUGAACGUUUUGCUUCCUCCCCCUCUCUGUGUCCUUGCUCUCAUCCCUUACAGAUCUGACAGGGCUAAGAUAAAGCUACAAAGACCUGAUAUGUUGACCCAAAGGUGCCAGUAUUGCUGAUUUUGUUUGAUGGCUAUUAUCAGAAUGAGUUGAUGAAGAAAAGACAUAUGUAUGACUGAUGCUCUAGUGAUGCCUGUGGAUUAAGAUACUGAGAAAUAACUGUAUUUUAAUCAGUUACAUUGUGUUGGUGUGUUUUUGUCCAAUAGAGAAACAAUAGAGCACUUUACAAUAAAACUCGAUUGCUGAUAGUAAGUGCAAUUAGAUAGUAAACACUGAAUUAUGACACUUGAUUGUAUGUAAAUUAAUAUACCGAUACAAAUCUAAAUACUUUAACAAUGUCAAAUACUAUAACCCAUCAAAGAUGUGAAGUUUUGUUUGUUUGAGACAUUUAUUUUUACUUCUUUACAAUAAAUGUAAAACAAAUGUAACAAAA